CCGCCAGUGCACAUAAAAAAGGCGUCCCGCUACCGGAGCCAAGUGCAAGCACCGACCGGUGUGUCAUCCAUCUCUGGACUGUAAGGCUUUGACUUGCUACUAAAAACCGACAUGGAUGACCACCAGCAGUACAAGGCAGACUCUUUGCCGUUGGUCGAUAGUGACCAAAAAGUCUCACUGGGUAGCAAUUGGGUUGUACAGAAGUUCGGGGGUACAAGCGUUGGAAAGUUUGCUCUGAAUAUCAUCGAUCAGGUGAUAUUACCGAGCCUUUUAGAACAUCGUGUGGCUAUAGUGUGUUCAGCGCGGAGCAGUUCGACGAAAGCUGCAGGUACCACGAAUCGUUUACUGCGAGCGGCGCGGGACGCUGAAGACGCUCUAUCGCAACAGUAUGCCUCCCUCGUAGAGGCAGUCCGGCUGGAGCAUAUACAAGUUGUCGACGACCAAAUCCGAUCUAACGUUCUCAAGUCCCGACUGAUUUCAGAUAUAAAUAGCGAAUGCGACAAGGUUCUAAAAGUCCUGGAAGCUGCACAGACACUGGGAGAAAUCAGUGCACGGUGUGUGGAUAAAGUGAUCAGUACGGGGGAAAAGCUGAGCUGUCGACUUAUGGCGGCUUUCCUUCAAGACCGUGGUGUGGAUUCGCAGUAUGUGGAUUUAGCUGAGAUCAUUGAUUUUCCCAUCUCGAAUCAGGGUCUCGACCAGGCAUUCUACAACAAUCUUGCGGCUGCCCUUGGCAGAAAGAUUAGGGCCUGUGAAAAUAAAGUCCCAGUUGUGACUGGGUUUUUUGGAACUGUCCCCGGAGGUCUUCUUGAUCAGAUCGGACGUGGUUAUACUGAUCUUUGCGCCGCUCUGGUUGCCGUGGGAAUAAAUGCCAGGGAACUACAGGUUUGGAAAGAAGUCGAUGGGAUAUUCACCGCAGAUCCUCGAAAAGUUCCCACCGCGCGCCUUCUUCCUGCAAUAACUCCAGCUGAGGCAGCUGAGUUGACAUUCUACGGCUCGGAGGUGAUUCAUCCUUUUACUAUGGAGCAAGUCAUCCGCGCAAAGAUCCCAAUACGCAUAAAAAACGUUAUGAAUCCAAGAGGGGAUGGUACAGUGAUUUUCCCUGAUUCUACCUUUGAAUUGGACAAGACCACCCCCGGCCACGAUCCGAGACUAUUUCGUACCCGGAGUCCAAGUCUUGUACAGCGUCCGAAACGCCCAACGGCUGUUACAAUCAAGCACAAGAUAUUGGUGAUCAAUGUACACUCGAACAAGCGCUCGCUUUCGCACGGGUUCUUCGCUGGAAUAUUUUCUGUCCUUGACCGGUGGAGACUUUCAAUCGAUCUAAUAUCCACAAGUGAGGUUCAUGUAUCCAUGGCCCUUCAUUCGGAAAUGCCCCUUCUUAAUGGUGUUGGAAGAGAUGAAUACCAAAUCAUAGAUGAGGAUCUCAAAGGCGCUUUACGAGACUUGCAAAAAUAUGGCACGGUUGACAUCAUCCCGGAGAUGGCAAUUCUUAGUCUUGUUGGGAAGCAAAUGAAAAACAUGAUUGGUGUCGCUGGCCGGAUGUUCUCGACACUUGGUGAAAACAACGUUAACAUCGAGAUGAUCUCUCAAGGUGCAAGCGAAAUUAAUAUUUCCUGCGUUAUUGAAGAGAGAGACGCUGACCGGGCUUUGAAUAUAAUCCACACCAGCAUGUUUACAUUCUUAGACUAAUGGUGCCUUUUUCGUUGCAUAUCGCCCACCUCCCACAGUAUCUUCAAGAGUUUUCAUGGCAACAUCUCUGACGCCAUGAUUUCCCUUGAAAAGAAAAUGUCUUGAAGUUAACAAGGGACAUUGAAUGCAAAUCAUUGUAUGGUUGGUUUAUACUCGUUUGGGUUGCAGGUGCCUUCAGAUGCAGUUGGCUUUUCUGGGCACUAGUAGUGUUCCCUCCAGCCUCGCUUCUGGUUCAUAUAUUGGAGUUAAAAUGCACCACGGACCUUUGAUUCUUGUUAAAUAGAUUAAUUUCUUCCGCUUUGUUUUUUUUCAUAUCUCUUCCCUUUGUAUUUUCGAUCUUUCUUGCCCUUUUUGGCCCUUUUCUCUCGCCAUCUCCAUGUACUUAAAAAACAUUCACUGACCCUGAUCUGGGAAGUUGCAGUUCGAGGUCACAGAUUUCUGAACCAAAUUAAUUAUAUACUAGACUCG